CAUUAUCCACCAAAUUACGCACACAAUCUAAGGUUCACAAGAACUCUAGAUUAAUCACUUAUUUUCUUGUUUUCAAAAAGAAAUGAAAAAGUUUUUAAUUUGUAACAAGGUCUAUUCACCCCCCCUCUAGACUUUGUAUCUCAUCACUUUGGGACCACCAAUUGGUAUCAGAGCAAACUUCUCACUAUCUACAUUUAGAUUAACGAGAAGCGAUCAUAAUGGUGAACAAUAUUGAUCACGGUUUGCCCAAGUUUUCUCUUCUAGGUUAUGAUGACUGGAAGAUCAUGAUGGAAGCACAUCUUUACGCUCUACAUGAUUGCAUAAGGAUGGUGCUUGAAGAUGGACCCUUAAAAAUCCAAAUGGAGAAUCCUGAGAGGAAUCCAGCCAAUCUAGAUGUAGUCCAAUACAUUCCAAAGCCCAAGGAGAAAUGGGAUGAUAGAGAUUGCAAGAAGCACAAUCGUGACAACGUCGCCAAAGCAGCCAUCUUCAAGACACUUGAUCCCAUCACCUUCUCCAAGAUCAAGCAUCUCAAGACUGCCAUGGAGAUAUGGCAAGGUCUUGGGAAGUUAUGUGAGGGAUCAGAGGAUCUGAGAAAGCAGAAGAUAGAGGUCCUACUUGAGAAGUUCAAAAGUUUCAAAAUGUUUCCCAGAGAAUCAUUUGAUAUGUUGGAUGAAAGAUUCCACAAAAUCUUAAAUGAUCUUGCAUCACUUAACCAUGUUCUUUCUCCCAAAGAAAAGAAUGUAAGGUUACUGAGGUCUCUUCCAGCUGAGUGGUACACCAAGGCCACAGCCAUGGAAGAAGGAAGAAAUCUGGAGAACUACACUGUCCAAUGUCUCCUUGAUGAGCUCAGAACCUAUGAGCAUGAGCUGAAGAAGAAGAAGGAAGAACAAGUCACUCCUUUUCCCACGGCACUAAUGACAACUCCAAGAGUCCCAUCAAGUGAAGGGACAUGCCCAAGGAACUGUGACACACCCUCCUCCAGCCAGCCGUCAAGCUCAAAAAUGGAGAACUAUGAUGAGGAAUUCACCAUGAUGGUCAAGCAAUUCCGGAAGUUCAAUUCAAAAAGUUCUUCAAGAAAGCUGACUCAGUCAGAAGGCCAUCCAAGGGAAAGCCACAGAGAAUCAGUGGAUAAGCUUCUUAAAGCGACCAAACAAAAGGGUCGUGAAGGACUUGGGUUUGACCCCUCCAGUUCCAAAAGGAAAGGGAGAACAACUUUUAUCCCUCCUAAACCUACUGCCAAACCCAAUAAGCAGAAAGGAAAGGAGAAGGAGAAACCCACAGAAGUUCCCAAAAAGGAAGCCGCUAAGUACCCAGGUGUCUGGUACUUAGACAGUGGUUGUUCAAGACACAUGACGGGUGAUGCAAGUCUUUUGAGCAAUCUAAUUCCCUAUGAUGGUCCAAGAGUUACUUUUGGAGGAAGCAAUGAUUUCGGCCUUUUAAAAGGGCUAGGAAAUCUGGUGUACAAGGGACUAACAAUCCAAGCUGUAUCUUAUGUGGAAGGUCUCAAUUAUAACCUUCUUAGCAUAAGUCAGUUUUGUGAUAAAAGUUACUCUUUGGAACACUACAAGGACAUGGCAUCCCUCAAGAACAUCUGCACAAAUGAAGUCAUUCUCACUGGGAAGAGAAUCAGAAACAUCUAUGAAGUGAUGUGGGACAAUGUCAAGGAAGCAUGCCGAAUCAGCAAAGAGAAAAUGAAGAUUGUUGGCGCUAAUGUCCAUUUCCAGAAAUUGGAAGGCAAGUGCUCUUCACCGGCGUUCUAUCAGACCUAUCUGGAUUUGAUUGCUGCUCAAGAACUCUCCGAAUUCCCUCAUAUGGAGAUUCACUCCAAAUAUGAAGAUGAAGUUCUUGAAUUAUACAGAAAUGGAAAGGUCAAGACUUCCCAAUCAAAGAAGAACCCACAGAGGAAGAUUCAAGUUAUCAAGUCCACUAUUGGAGGGGCCAAAGUAAAGAUUUCACAGAAGAAAUUGGAGGAAAAGCUCCAUCUUCCAAAUUCUGGAAGUGAAAUUGGGAGACUUCUAGCCAAGAAUUUGGACUGGAAGACUAUUGGGAUUUCUGGGCAAAUCCCCUCUGGCCCAGCGAAGAAGGCAGAUCUGAAGAACGACUACAAGCUAGUUCUGGAGCUGGUCAUUGCAUGUCUUGAAUGUGGGAGUGGAGGACAUGCUGAUGAUAUUACUCAGGAAAGGGCAUUCAUCAUCAACGCUCUCAUUACCAGGACAAAGGUAAACUGGGGUAAACAUUUCUUCAAUUCCAUUUCUAAGCACUUAGGAAAGCCUAAACACAAAUAUCUCUGUCAUGGAUUGUACCUUGGGUACAUUCUGGAAUCCUUGGGAGUUGCCUCUGAAGGCAAGAAGUAUGAAGCCAGAUAUUGGCUCUACUACCUGGCUUCCAAAGGAGAAAACAAAGUCAGUUCCACUGCAGAAGAUGAAGGAUCUUCAGAUAACGUCCUCAUCAUGAGUCUGAAGAAAUCGUCAAAGAGGAAGCAAGUGGUGUCUCCCUCCCCCAGUGCUGAAGCACCACACACCCUUGCAGUGGUGAAUUUGGAAGAAGAAGAAGUUUCUGCCCAAGGGGAACUUCAAAGGAAGAAGAAAAGGAAAAUCACCUCUCCCUCAACAUCUGGAAAUGCCAACCCGGAUGAAUUGGUGGGAAAGGAACCCGUUGAGGAGCACUCUGCACAGAACCAGAGCCCUCAACAAUUGGAUGAAGAAAAUCCUCAAGCUCAGAGUUUUCCAUCUCCUCCAUUACAAGCUCAAACAGAUGAUGCUGAGAGCCAAUUCAUGCAGCUUUACUUUGACUGGAGUGCUUGGAAGGUGUGGCAAAGAAACUAUGACGAUUUGCAUCUGGAACACUUGGCCACCACACCAGUCUCAGAAUUUGAAGUGGAUGAUGAGGAUCCUGCAGUCUACAGGCCAAUCUUCUCAAAAACAAUAGAAGAUCAGAUGAUUCUCACCUCUGAAGCACAGGCUGACAUGGAAGCCACAGCAGAGGAUUUCCAAGUUUUUCCGGAAACCUCCCCUACUGUUGAAGCUGUUCUGACUGAGGAAAAUGAAGCCACUCCAUUACAAGAACAGAAUCAGGAAAGUUCAGAGGAAGAACUCCUUCAACUCCUCCAAACUCAAGUUCAAGAGAUUCUCACAACUCCUUGUGAGAUCUCCAAUAAACGUGAACUUGAGAUUCCGGAGAAGUCAGAAGAGAAUCUGGAAAGGGAAGCUCAAAUGGCUGGACUGGAGACCUCUGAAACUCCAGUGGCUAUUUUUGAGCAGAACAUUGGUGAUGAAGACAAAGAUUCCCUCUCCAGGGAUAUCUCAAACUUUGUGAAUGAGACAGAGGAAGAGUCUGAAAUGACGCUGAGGAUUGAUGAUGAAGAAGCUGAGCAAGGAGAUGCUGAAUCCCUCCCCCUGCAACUCUUCCACAGAGCACCUCCUUCCCAUCAGAUGGAUAUUAGGCCAGCCUUGGCAGUGUCCUCAGCAAACCAAGUGGUGACUCAAGACUAUCUCAAGGUCAUUGCUAAAAAUCAGAAGGAAGCAUUCAAGAUGUUCAGGCAUUUUGGGACCUACACUGGCAAACGCAAGCUAGAUCAGAGCAAUCCGGAAAACUCAAUGCAGCAUGUGACAGACACUGGUCUUGAUGGAACAGAAGCUGUAGGAACCAUUGCCUCUCACUUCUCCAAUGAUGCUCAAACUAAGGAGAGAUACAACAACCUAAGGCGCAUCAAAGAAGAAUGUGGAUUUAUGCAAGGCAUUGGUGAGACUGCCAGAUCAUCCAAGCGCAAGAAGCGCUGAAGGCUCUUUUCAUCAAACUAGGGGGAAGACUUUGGAAAAAUAGUACUCCCUCCGUCCCAGAGUAUUUGUCCACUUUCAUUUUUACACACCAUCCAAUGCACUUCUUUAAUCCAUUUUAUCUUGUAAUUUGUAUAUUAAAAAAUUAUAGAAAUUAUAUAUUAAUAAUCUAUAUGUUAAGACAAAUCAAACAAGAUCACACAUGACUAUAUUUAGGCUUACACAUUGAGAGAAUUUGAUGAGUCAAAGUGCUUAGAUGAACAGUUCCAAAAGUNCAUUUUUACACACCAUCCAAUGCACUUCUUUAAUCCAUUUUAUCUUGUAAUUUGUAUAUUAAAAAAUUAUAGAAAUUAUAUAUUAAUAAUCUAUAUGUUAAGACAAAUCAAACAAGAUCACACAUGACUAUAUUUAGGCUUACACAUUGAGAGAAUUUGAUGAGUCAAAGUGCUUAGAUGAACAGUU